AUGAUCUUCAAUGCUGAUGAGGCGCACAACAUAGUUAAGGAGUGCAUAGAAAGUGUUUUAGGCAAGGCAGAUUAUAAUCACAACAAAGUCAACCAGUGGACCGCUGCUAUAGUAGAACAGUCGCUGACACAUCUGGUAAAACUUGGAAAAACAUACAAGUACAUCGUAACCUGCGCGGUGAUGCAGAGGAGUGGAGCUGGUCUUCACACAGCAAGCUCGUGCUUCUGGGAUACCACAACUGAUGGAACCUGCACAGUGAGAUGGGAAAACCGAACAAUGAACUGCAUUGUCAAUGUGUUUGCUGUUGCUAUUAUCCUGUAGCUGACUGGAAGAUAAAUAUAAGCAACACCGAAGCCUUUAAAAAAAAAAAAAUUCAUCCAAACACAUGGCUAAAUAUUUCAAACCAUUAUUUGUUUUUGUAUGAGGAGCAUACAGAAGUUCUCUGCAGAGUGCGUACAGUCUAAGCCAGUUCUCAUAGAUUAAUUAUCUGAAAGCUAGCAAAAAAAUUAAAAUAUAAAUAUGUAUCUAUCUAAAGAGAAAGUUCUAGUAAUUUAAAUAUUCAGAAGUAUGUUAAUGAGAAGAUGCCACAAAGAUCAAUACAAUUUAUAUCAAAGCUAAUAUCAAAGAUACUUUAUUCAAGAGGGACAAAACACAUCAAAUCAAAGGAAAGGGCAAGCAAGAUCUCUUGGGAUUAUGGUGCAUUUGGGAACAAAUUAUGAACACAAUGCAGAGUGGAUAUACUGUAAGCAAUACUGGUGCUUCAUGUUUGAUUAAACAAAGCUAACUGUCACAUUGAAUGCUGGUGCUUGUGAAAUUGC